UCGUCCUCUCGCGAGAGGCGCGAGCCGCCUACGAGGUGAUUACAGCGAGGCUGGGAGGGAGCCUGGCGGCAGCCUUGUCCCUCCUAGGAACGUGGCCGCGGGCUUCCGGCGGAGAGCCCCCGAGGGCUUGUGCUAGGGAAGCCGGCGAAGGGCCGCGCCGGCCCUGCUCGCCCCGGACUCCUGACGCGGUGGCUUCUGACCUCUACACGCGCGCAGCCGGCCUCGGGCACUGCGCGGGAAAAGCCCCGAGCUGAGGCACGGGGACGCGGGGCUGGGACUCGGCCCUACGCGCAGCCAGCUGUUGUGACCUUGGGUCUCAGUUCCUCAGAAGUUUUGUCUCGGAGGGACUCGGGCAGCUAAGAUACGAAAGCUUGGGUACGUCUGAACCACCACACUUGGCUUUUAGGCCUGCGGACACUACAGGAAUGGCAGAGUUUGGGGUCUCAGCUGGCCAGCUGGUGGCGGUGGUCUGGGAUGAGUCGGCCCCCACGGAGGCUCUGAACAAUCUGGUGGGUGAACUUCACGGGCUAACUGGCAGUGAGGACCGGGUAUCUGUGGAAAACAUCAGCCAGCUGCUGCAGUCUGCCCACAAGGAAUCCAGUUUUGACAUUAUUUUGUCGGGUGUAGUCCCAGGAAGCACAACUUUGCACAGUACUGAGGUUUUGGCGGAGAUGGCCCGGAUCCUUCGGCCUGGAGGGUGUCUUUUUCUAAAAGAGCCAGUAGAGACAGCUGUAGUUAACAAUAGCAAAGUGAAGACGGCUUCUAAAUUGUGUUCAGCCCUGACUCUUUCUGGUCUUGUGGAAGUGAAAGAGCUGCAGAGGGAGCCCUUAAGCCCAGGGGAAACGCAGUCUGUCCAGGAACACCUGGGUUACAACAGCAACAGUCUGCUGUCUAUUCAGGUCACAGGCAAAAAGCCCAACUUUGAAGUGGGUUCGUCUAGUCAGCUCAAACUUUCCAUCACCAAGAAGGCUUCUCCUUCAGUGAAGCCUGCAGUGGACCCUGCUGCCGCCAAGCUAUGGACCCUUUCAGCCAAUGACAUGGAGGAUGAGAGCAUGGAUCUGAUUGACUCAGAUGAGCUGCUGGAUCCAGAAGAUUUGAAAAAGCCUGAUCCUGCUUCCUUGCGGGCCACUUCCUGUGGAGAGGGGAAGAAGAGGAAGGCCUGCAAGAACUGCACCUGUGGCCUUGCAGAAGAACUGGAGAAGGAGAAGUCGGAGGCACAGAAGAGCUCCCAGCCCAAGUCGGCCUGUGGAAAUUGCUACCUGGGUGAUGCAUUCCGCUGUGCCAGCUGCCCCUACCUCGGGAUGCCAGCCUUUAAGCCUGGGGAGAAGGUUCUCCUGAGCAACAGCAACCUGCAUGAUGCCUAGGAGGGACCCCAAGGCCGUGCCUGCUCCACAUCCACUCCCGACCCUCUCCUCCUGCCUCCUCUGGACUUGCCCACUCUGAAAUCUGUAGACAAUGAGGUGGGCUGUGUGCAGUGCAGUGUGGUAGUGGUGCUGUCUCCCAAAAGACCAAGGCGUGGUGGAGCCUGGUUUCCCAAAGAGGCCCAGCUUCUCACUGAGUGUUGGGACCUCAUGGUAAGAUGCUGACAUACACUGUUGAGCCAGAUAUCUUGAGUAUUUAUACCCUGUGACAGGUUCAGUAACCCUGCCACCUCCUUGUCCUUCCAAGUUGGCAGGGAGUCAGCAUAUAUUCUUGGUGACUUGAGUCAACUGUCUUGUGACCUCAGGGCACCAGAGGGGUCACUCACUGGUUACUGUGAUCCAUCCUGUCCCUCUGUCCCAUUCCACCCUGCCUGUGUCUUGUCAUUUCCGUUCACCAACAGGUGUUACACUUGCACACUCCUGUACCUCACUUCCAAGAGGGGUGUGUAGGUGCAUGUGGUGUCCCUGGGUCACCCAGCUCUGCCAGGACUGGGAAGUGUUCUCUGGGAGAACUUGGCAGCCUGCACAGUGGGGCCAGUGCUGUCCUUACAAGUAGUGCCUCUUUUUAAGGGAGUCCCGGUUGGGAGGAGCAGGGCAGACUGGACCAACAGCACAUCUCUGACUCUUCUUCUCACUGGGGUUCCUCUCAGACCCAGAAUGAGUCCUGCCAAACACCUGGGGGAGAUUGUAUGGGUUUAAGAGACUGGAUUUUUGUUUGACCUAUAAAUACAAGUGUUAACUGUUA